CUGGACAUGACAGUUAGUAGUCAUCGAGCAGACUGAAAGAUUUCUUGCAGAAGAGGAACAAAAUAAUUUGAUAAAGAGGCAGGUAGGCAGCAUCUAAUUUUGCAUAGAUCACUUCAAAUACGUUCUUCAAGUGAAGCAGAUCUAAUUAAUCAGCAAAAUGCAAGCUGUUGGUCAGUGUUCAGUGUGUGCCAGCCGUGUUGCUGGAGGAUUUCUGCGAAAUCAGACAGACAUUUCACUGCUGUGGACCAGCAAGAGUGUUCUCAGGAGAGGAGCAGCCUGCAUCCGUGUCCUAAGCAGUUCUGAGAGUGUCCUAUUCAACGACAGGAAGCCGAUAGUCCAGAAGUCAGGAGAAUGGACAAACACUGCACACAUGAGCACAGCAUCUUUAAGUGCCGCCCGUGGGCUUUGUGCUGUCCCUUUAACGCAGCAAGUGGAAAACCUCUCUUAUGACUCCCUGAUAAGAAGAGCAGCCUCACUGGUUACUGACAGUUCAAGCACUUUCCUCUCCCAGACCACCUUGGCUCUCAUAGAUGCCCUUACGGAUUAUUCAAAGGCUGUGCACACACGCAUUGCUCUCCAAAGACGAUAUUUGGCCUCACUGGGAAAAUUAUCCCCGGCAGAGGAGGAUUCACUCCAGCAGGCGAUCAAUGGCCAGCGUGCAGAGGUUAGUGACAGACUAGAUGAAUGCAAACGUUUUGAGUCAACCUGGAUCAACGCCGUCAACUUGUGUAAAAUGGCAGCCGAGGCAGCGUACACGUCAGGAGCUGAACAGGCAUCCAUUACAGUGAGGACAAACAUUCAGCUGGCCCAGUCGCAGGUGGAAGAGGCGCGGAAACUGUCAGUGGACGCAGAUAAGAGGCUGGCUGAGACUAAAGUAGAGGAAAUCCAAAGGAUGGCUGAAUAUACCGCCUUCUUAGAAGAUAGUGAGGAACAUGAGGUGCAUGAAGCUUAUCUACGAGAGGACUAAGAGAAAUAGACAAAUCGAGAAAACAGGGGGGAAAAAAGUGCAUAUGAGAGUACUAUUGAUUUCAUAGCAGUGCUAUGAAAUGUCUGAUAAAAUUUCAAAAGCUUUGAACUUCCUGCUUUUCCUUGUUAUGUCUUGUUAUGCCUGUAAGAUGUUUACAUGUUUGCAUUUAGACAAAGAAAAUCAUAUCCUGAAAAUAGAGUGAAAUAAAUUCCUGACAAGUAAUUCUUUAGUAUUACAUAAAUUAUUAUUUAAGAAUAUUUAUUUGAUUAGCAAAUAUCAGCUGGUUUUGGCGCUUAUGGAAAAUUAUUAUCAAAUCCUCAGUAUGUUUAUGGCAGUAGGACUUAUCCAACACUGGAACAAAAAUGUUUAUUCUAUGUUUUGCUGUGCUGCUGCAAAGACAUUAUUUUUUAUAAAAAUAUUGUUUGCCAUUGUCAUUGUUUUUCCACUGUCAACAUCAUAGCAAAAAAUAAAAUGAAUAUAUAUGUAUUCAAUUCAA